AUGGCCGAGGGCGCCGACACGGUGCGCGCGCCCGCCGACGCGGAGGAGAUAGAGAAGGGAGAGAUCGCAGGCGCCGCCGCCGGUGCCGACGGCGACUCCGCCGCGCCCCAGCCGGUCGAGCCCACCUGGGCUUUCUGGAUCCGCAACCCGCAGGAGGAGUCCGCCGGCCGGGAGAACACCGUCCACACCUUCUCCACCGUCGACGACUUCCGGAGGGUAAAAAAUUCUGCUUCAGAAAAUCGCCUUUACAAAAAUAUCCUCCACCCUAGUAAAUUGGGUGUGGGAGCUGACCUCCAUUGCUUCAAGAAUAAGAUUGAGCCGAAAUGUGAAGGCCCUAUACGUGGUAAUGGAGGUGCAUGGACCAUCAGUUGUGGCGAAGGCAAAUCACAGCCAUUGUGGUUGGAUACAAUACUGGCAUUGAUUGGUGAGCAAUUCGAAUAUGAUAAUGAAAUUUGUGGAGCGAUCCUUAGCGUGCGUGCGAAGCAGGAAACAAUAGCUAUAUGGAUUAAAGAUGCUACCAAUGAAGCUGCUCAGCUAAGCAUUGGCAAGCAGUGGAAGGAAAUUCUUGAGUACAAGGACUCAAUUGAGUUCAUUGUUCAUGAUAGUGAUGCAACGGCAGUACAAUGCUGGUCUUCCACGUUUCCCGAUGAUCCCCUUGACGUCAUCUACAACAAGGUCCCCAGUCACUGCAGCCGCGUGCGCUUUGCUGCCGUCUGCAGGUCGUGGUGCACUGCAGCUUCGCGGCACCCUGCACUGCCUGAACUUCCGUGGCUGCUCCUCUCACCACGCGACCGUGACACAACGAAGCGCCUGUACUGUCCUGAGGACAGCAAGAACCUGCGCAUCUCGCUCCCGAGCGAUUUCAUCGGCAACUGGUUCGUCGGCUGUCAUGGUGGUGGCUGGGUUGCAUCAUUUGAACCGCCACCGUUCAGGAUCUUGAACAUUUUCUCCAGUGUUGAGGUUGCGCUCUCCGAGAAACAGAAGGGAAUCGUUUGCCCAGGCCGCCUUGGCCAGAUCAUCAUUUGGAAAAUCAUCUUCUCCAAACCACCCACCUCAAGUGACUGUAUCAUUGCUGCCAUCACCGACAAUCACGGCAUUGCGCUCUGCAGGGUUGGGUCUCCGAACGGUGGGUGGACGACAAAAGGAGAUGUAAGCUACACCAUGGAGCUUGCAGACAUCGCCUUUUGCAACGGUGAGCUCUAUGGCCUCACACGAGACAGAUGGGAACUUGUCAAGUUUGUGAUCGGCGUUGACGAAGACGGCGCGCCUCUGGUCACGGCCGUGGAUCGGCUGGUGGUCACCCCCGAGCACCAGCAGCCCCCAAGUGUCUGGGCCAACCGGGUGGAUGCCAGCUACAUUUUUGAGCUACACGGCAAGCUUGCGACGGCGGUGAGGUCCCCAUGGUCACCCAACCUCAGACCAUUCUUCAAAGUGUUCGAACUCGUUGACAUCGAGGCCAGCGAGGGGAUGGCACAUGGCGCACACAAAUGGGCAGAGGUGAUGAGCUUGGGUGACUUUGCCCUAUUCCUGGGUCCAAACAGCUCCAAGGCGGUGCAUGUGUCAGCAGACAGGCGCGGUGGUGUGAAGAGAAACCACAUCUACUACUCCUACCAUCGCCGCUUAGCGCAGAAGGAGGUCCUUCUCAGCACUGACCUGGUGUUCCUGACAAGCUCCAAUGCUGAUGGUGAUUCCGUGUACUACAGGGAAGAUGAAAGCUUAUCCGCAGCCGUGGGCGGCGUUCAUAGGAUCGGGGCAGUAGGAUACUAUGUCAGGGGUAGCCCUAAUCCUCCAUUGUGGCUUCUCCCCCAAGCAUAG